GGCUUUAAUAUAUUUUAAGUGUGUGCAAGAUGUUUUAAAUCCACUAAAAAAAUCUCUUUGCUGAUAAUGACAUUUUAGAUCUCAAAGGUAGCUGCUAUGUUGUAUGUGUUUAUAUACGUUUCAGUUUAUGUCACAUGUUAUCACUACCUUCGUGUUUAACUUCACAACAAAAAAGAACAACACUAACAGGUCUUAUAAAUGACUUUUCACUUUUAAAGGCAUCUAAUGGAAGUCAUUGUGCUUCAGAUAUCGAGUUCUUUCACUUCAGAACAACGGACAGCAACAUUAGUAGUAUUGCUUCCUAUAGCCUCAUUUCCACAUGUUAAAAAUUCGGUGCGGUGUCCAUACUUUAAAUACCAGAGGAUUUUUAUCGUCUUCAGUUUUUAUUUCUUUAUUUGUUGUUCACAGUAAUCAGUAUUUCAGAAAACGUAUUAGUUCCGCUCUCAUUUUCCUCUUUCAGUCCGUCGGCUGACUUUUUUUUUUCAACACUCUAUUUUGAUAGAUUUACAAACUCAAUAUCAUAUUCUGUGUUACUGCCUGUUUUUCCUAAUAUACUGUUAUUGUGAUCCUCGAAAUUAAACACAAUAAAUUCUCGAUUGUUCUUUUUUCAAGUCCAAAUGACAGUGUUAAGGAUUUUGUAGGCUGAUAUUACUGAAUUUGCACACAUUUGACAGUAAGUUGUCCUGCGGAUGAAUUUUAGAUGAUAUUCUGCAGUUUUAUAGUGCGGACUCUUAGGGCCGCUGUUGACCAGAGUGUUGAGGACUGAGACCAUGUUUGUAGCAGCACCGCCCAUGUUAUAAAGAGGGAACGCGACGCACAAAGAUCGAGCGAUUCUGAUCAAGGAGGAAAAAUACUGAAGAAAUAUUUUUAGUUGGAGAGAUAUGCUUUCGCUGACUGGAAUAUAUACACUUGAGUUUUGACUUUGGAAUACAUAUCUUCUGUUGUGUGGAAUAUAAGUAGAUUGGGACUCCACGUUGGGUGAGAAAUCUGAAAGAACAAUGAAACGGCAAGUACUGCUAUUUGUCUCUCUCCUUUCCUUCGGCCCAGUCUUCGGGCAGGUCAGUUACUCGAUUCCGGAGGAAAUGUCUAGAGGCUCUUUAGUUGGAAAUAUAGCACAGGAUUUAGGUUUAGAAAUUAAACGUUUAAUAUCGGGAAAAGCCAAGAUCUAUAGCAGAAAUAGCAACCAAUACAUCGAGUUGAACAGAGAAAGAGGAGUCCUCCUCAUCAAGGAGAGAAUAGACAGAGAGGCGCUGUGCACAGAGAAAGCGCUUUGUGCUUUGGAUUUUCAGAUCCUUUUGGAGAAUCCGAUGGAAUUUUAUACGGUUACAGUCCAGAUCAUAGACAUCAAUGAUAACGCACCAACCUUUGAAAAAAGCGAAAUGAAUUUCAAAAUUAGCGAAUCAGCGGCAACAGGAGCAAAAUUCGACCUGGAACGGGCUGUGGAUCUGGAUGUUGGUAUUAAUGAUCUCCAGAAAUACGAACUAAAACCAACUGAAAAUUUUGGUCUAAAACUGCACAGUAACCCCGAUGGACAGAAAAACGUUGAGAUGGUACUGCUGAAACCUUUGGACAGAGAAAAACAAGAGCAGAUCUCUCUCGUGUUAACAGCUGUAGAUGGAGGAGAGCCACAGAUGUCAGGAACAAUGCAGAUUUUCAUUACAGUUUUAGACGUUAAUGAUAAUGCGCCGGUUUUUACACAGAAAACAUACAAAGCUACAGUCACUGAGAAUUCACCUAAAGGAACAGUUGUUGCUACUGUUACAGCGUCAGACGCUGAUCAAGGCUCUAACAGUAAAAUAACAUAUUCAAUCACAAAUACGUUAGACAAUGUCCGGAAAAUGUUUUAUGUAAAUGAGGAAAACGGGCAAGUUUCAUUAAUUGAAACCAUUGACUUUGAAAAGUCAAAACUUUUUCAAAUAAAUCUUCGUGCUAAUGACGAUGGAGGACUAACAGACUCAUGUAAGCUGAUUGUUGAUGUUCUGGAUGUAAACGACAAUAAACCUGAAAUCAACAUAAUGUCCAAAUCAACUGUGAUAUCAGAGGACGCUAAACUCAAUAUGGUCGUCACGAUGAUUAAUACUGAGGAUUUAGAUUCCGGAGACAACGGGAACGUGAAAUGCUUUAUCAACGACAAUGUACCAUUCAUUUUAAAAUUAACAAGAAAUAAUUUCUAUAAUUUAAUAACAGACAGUGAUUUAGACAGAGAGAAAUCCUCUGAGUAUAACAUCACUGUGACCUGCUCUGAUGAGGGAGUGCCCUCCCUCUCCAGCAGUGUCACUUUCACCUUACAGAUCUCAGACGUUAAUGAUAACGCACCUGUCUUUGAGAGGAGCUCAUAUGAGGCCUACAUUGUAGAAAACAAUACACCUGGCCUCUCUAUAUUCACAGUCAAAGCCACAGACGCUGACUGGAACCAGAACGCCCGUGUUUCUUACAUACUGGAGGACUCCUCCGUUAACGGAGUGCCAGUCUCCUCAUAUGUGUCUGUUAGUGCUGAUAGUGGAGUCAUCCAUGGAGUGCGCUCUUUUGAUUACGAGCAGAUCAAAGAUUUCCACUUCCAUGUAAAAGCGCAGGAUGGAGGCUCUCCUCCACUCAGCAGCAACGUGACCGUGAAAAUAAUGAUCCGGGACCAGAACGACAACCCCCCUCAGGUUCUGUACCCAGUCCAGACUGGUGGCUCUCUGGUGGCUGAAAUGGUUCCUCGUUCAGCAGAUGUGGGCUAUCUGGUGACUAAAGUGGUGGCUGUUGAUGUGGACUCCGGACAGAAUGCCUGGCUCUCCUAUAAACUGCAGAAAGCCACAGACAGGGCGCUGUUUGAAGUGGGCUUACAGAAUGGAGAAAUCAGAACUAUCCGCCAAGUCACUGAUAAAGAUGCUGUAAAGCAAAGACUGACUGUUAUAGUGGAGGACAGCGGGCAGCCCUCUCGUUCAGCUACAGUCGUUGUUAACGUGGCGGUGGCGGACAGCUUCCCUGAAGUGCUGUCGGAGUUCACUGAGUUGACACACGACAAGGAGUACAAUGACAACUUGACUUUUUACUUAGUCUUGGCUCUGGCUGUAGUUUCCUUCCUUUUCAUCACGUGUUUAGUGGUUAUUAUAUCAGUCAAAAUCUACAGGUGGAGACAGUCUCGCAUCCUGUGUCACUCCAACCUGCCUGUCAUUCCAUAUUAUCCACCACGUUACUCAGACACUUUGGGGUCAGCGACUCUUCCACAUGUGUACAAUUACGAGGUGUGCAGGACGACUGACUCCAGAAAGAGUGACUGUAGGUUCGGCAGAGCUGGUAGUCAGAACGUGCUGAUAAUGGACCCCAGUUCUACAGGAACGAUGCAGCGAGUACAGAGUGAAAAGAGCAUCCUGGAUGAACCAGACUCUCCUCUAGAGGUUAGUCUUCCAUAAACCACAAUGUUAUAGUAAUGAAUAUUCAUGUAUUAAAUAUGAACUUCUUUUUCCUGUUUUCUGGUGGGAGCUGUCCAUAGUGCUGAAUUCUGUCUCUGUGUGCUUCUUUCCGCACUGAAAAAAAGAACGUUGGAUUUACUUAAUUCAAUAGUGGACAUUGGUUGCACACAGAUGUUUUGGUUUGGCAGCAACUUAAACAAUUGAUUUAAAUUAACACUUCACUUUAAAACACGAGGCAAUUGUUUUAAAAACACCCAAGAUGCUUACAUAAAACCUGUCUCCUUUUUUCAGUGCAUUAAGUACAAUGACACAUCAGGGCAGUUCAUGGAAUAUAAAAAGGCGUUGACGCAAGGUAGUUCAACAAUUUGAAGCAGCUGAGUUUAUCACCUUACUGUAUUUUUUUGUUUU